GCGCUCCUCCGCCGCUCUCGCCGCAGCCCCGACUCGCCCGCCCGUCCGCGCUCGCCCCCGCCAUGCCCAACAUCGUGCUCUUCAGCGGCAGCUCCCACCACGACCUGUCCCAGCGGGUGGCGGACCGGCUCGGGCUGGAGCUGGGCAAGGUGGUCACCAAGAAGUUCAGCAACCAGGAGACCAGUGUAGAGAUUGGUGAAAGUGUGAGAGGGGAAGAUGUGUAUAUUAUCCAGAGUGGCUGUGGAGAAAUAAAUGACAACUUAAUGGAACUACUCAUCAUGAUCAAUGCGUGCAAGAUCGCGUCAGCCUCCAGAGUGACUGCUGUAAUUCCAUGUUUYCCAUAUGCCAGGCAAGAUAAGAAAGACAAGAAGGGAUCCGUGGAGCGUUGGAGCCGUGCACCAAUCUCUGCAAAGCUUGUUGCCAACAUGCUGUCAGUUGCAGGGGCUGACCACAUCAUCACCAUGGACUUGCACGCUUCUCAGAUCCAGGGUUUCUUUGACAUUCCAGUAGAUAACCUGUAUGCAGAACCUGCAGUCCUGCAGUGGAUCAAAGAGAACAUUCCUGAAUGGAGAAACUGUAUCAUAGUCUCACCUGAUGCAGGUGGUGCAAAAAGGGUUACUUCAAUUGCUGACAGACUGAAUGUGGAAUUUGCUCUCAUUCAUAAGGAAAGAAAGAAGGCAAAUGAAGUGGACAGAAUGGUCUUGGUCGGUGACGUGAAAGACAGAGUAGCAAUACUUGUGGAUGAUAUGGCUGACACAUGUGGCACAAUAUGCCAUGCAGCAGACAAGUUACUGUCUGCUGGAGCAACUAAAGUUUAUGCCAUUCUGACUCAUGGCAUCUUUUCUGGUCCUGCCCUCUCUCGGAUCAAUAAUGCAUCAUUUGAGGCUGUUGUGGUAACCAAUACAAUCCCCCAGGAGGAGAAAAUGAAACAUUGCCCAAGAAUACAGUUUAUUGACAUUUCCAUGAUCCUGGCAGAGGCAAUUCGAAGAACACACAAUGGUGAAUCUGUGUCUUACCUGUUCAGUCACGUCCCCUUGUAACUGCAGGGGAUUGCACUGCAUCUUUGCAAAGGUCUCUUAAGCUAGCACUGUUUUUAACAACGCACAUCAACCAUGAGAAAUUAGUAUCUUUGUACAAUUCGAGAGCUUGUAUGUUUAAUUAUUAUAUUUGUCUUGUAAUUACCAUUUGUUCUGUGUAAAUGGGCAAUAAAUCUCCAUCUUGUGGAAACCUUAUGAAUUCCCUUGAGAGUCUGGAGGUCUUGUGUGUUGUGUAAGUUCAUCCUGUGUGCCUGUUCUCACUUUCUGCUAAACUGCUGCAUCAGAUCCAUUUUUCUAUACAGAAUUAGAAACUGUUCACAGAGCUUAACACGAUGUACACAUCUAAGAUCAUUUUCUGUGUUAAGCUAAAUGAUACAGACUUGAGUUUCUAGUGUCURUUAAUCUGUUGGGCAAACAGCUGGGGUUUUUUGUUUAUGUUUAAAUACCAUGAACAGUAUUUUGUAAGCCCUAACAAUAUGUAAAGGUCAUGUUAAUUUUGAGAAACUGUUGACAUAUACAUAAUAUUAACUGUUUGAUACACUUAAUGUUCAUUUUUUUUYCCCACAAGAUAUUUGGGGCUGCUGUUUUCUUUUGUAAAGCUGUCCUUCUAUUAAAUUGUUYGCUUAACA